CUACCACCAAUAACAAUGUUGGUUGUUUUCCUACUCUUGUAGUGCAGUGAAGUGACAUAUGUCUUAUAUCUUCCAAAGUUAAAAUAUCUCCUUUAUUGAUAUAUCCUCGUCCAACAGAGUCUAAAGAAAGCAAAUUAGAAUAAAAAAGCAAGAGAAAUAAUUCCUUCCUCAUGAGAAAAAAGUCAUUAAUUAAUAUAGCUUGCAUCUCCAUCAUCAAUAUAACUUGAGCAUGGCUGAUGUUGGAAUCGUAUUUGGGGUAUUACGCUUGGCAAACAAACUAUCCAAAAUCCUGAUUGAAGAGUACGCAGUGUUGGGCAGCGGGACAGUUAGGCAGGUAGCAUGGAUUGAAAGAGAGCUGAGGUCAAUGCAAGAAAUGUUGGAACAGGUCGGGCAGCACGGGUACGGUGAACAAAAACAAGAUUUGAAUGAAUGGGAAGAGAAGUUAAAGGAAAUUGCCCGUGAUGCAGAUGAUGUGAUAGAAACGUUCCUGAUAAAAUCGGUGAAGAGGAGGAGGAGUGGAGUUAUGUAUUGGAUAGACAAACACAAGGUUGGGAAAGAGCUGGAGAAGAUCCGCCAAAGGAUGAGAGACAUCUCUCAGAUUGGAAUAUCAAAUAUUGUCAGUGUCUCAGUUGAAACAGCUGCAGAAGGAGAAACAUCUUCAUCGUCCACCAUCACCACCGCCACUACACUAGCUAUGGAGAAGCUUGAUCACAUUCUGAGUCAAUGUUUAAGUACCGAUGAUGAGGUGGUGGAGAUAGUUGAACAAGUAAAAGAUGGUCUUGGAAAACUACAAAAUAUUAAUUUGAUUUCACCAAGAAGUGAAAGAGAAAAUGUAUGGUUGGAAGAGGUGAAGGAACUUUGCAAUUAUACUGAAACUGUUGGGUGUAAUUUCAUUCUUGCCAAGGAAAGACAGUCUAAAAUGGGUUGGCUUAAAACAGUACUUUAUCUUUCAGAUGAUUAUGCUUCUGAAAAUAAAUUUAUGAAGCAAAUGAAGUAUAUUAGGACUCGUAUCGGAGAUGCAGUUGAUAGAAGUUUGACUUACGGAGUUGGGGCACAAUUAGACAUGGGAGUGGGAUUCAAAAAAACAACACCCGUCCCAGACUUGGCACAAGAGAGCUUGAUAAUUGCACACAUCCAAUUACUUAUUAUUUAUGCUUUUAUUUCUUUUUUCCACUUGCAAAAAGAGUGCAUCUGGUUUAUAAUAAUCUUACACUUUUUCAUGUUUGAUGGAGAACAAGGAAGAACAACAAAAGGUAUAUCCAAAUCCAGACUGAAGAAGAUUAAGAAAGUGAAGGAAUGGCAAAGAAGAUGGCAUCUGCGCUUCUGUUACCCUGUGAUUUAUUUACCGAGUUUCCUCCUGUUUCAGUUUCAGCCUGUCCUCGCAACAUUCCUUUUCAUCUUGGGUUAUUCACUUAUUAAAGUUAUUGAGUUGAGGUUGAAGAAGAAGAAGAUGAAAUGGAAGGGAAGAGAAAUAAUAAGACGGUUUUGGCGCGUCAUUGUAAUUUAUUUACCGAUUUUCAUCCUGUUUCAGUUUCAGCCUGGCCUGGCAACUUUCCUUUUCAUCUUGAGUUAUUCACUUAUUAAUGUUAUUGUGUGGAGUCUGAAGAAAAAGAAGAAGAAGAAGGAAAAGAAGAACAAAUGGAAGAGAAGGCAACUAAUAAGACGGUUUCUGCUCUUCUUGUUUUUUUCAUCGAUUUUGAUCCUGUUGGUGUUUCACCCUGUCCUGGAAUCUCGCCCUGUCCUGACAACGUUUAUCAUCAUCUUGAGUUCUCCACUUGUUGAAGUUAUUGUGUGGACUGUGAAUUUGCGGAGGUCUAUGGACAAUAAUUUGAAGUGUACGCAAAUAUAUUUAGCUCUACUGCGUGCGUUUUUGAGUGAUACGACCGAAAGUGCAGAAGGCCUAAAUAAAAGACAGAGAGUGUGGGUGGAUCAACUGAGAGUCGUGUCUCAAAAUGGCCAGUCUCUUAUUGAUGCAUAUCCAAAAGGUAAGGGUGGUUGUUUGAGCAGAAUUAAGUUUGCCAAGGAUAUCAACUUUUUGUUGAAAGAAAUUCUUGAUAUAUCAGAUAGGAAGGCCAUUUAUGGCAUUGCAAAUAUUCAAACAACACAACAAGAGCUUGGACCUUUAUUGGGCGUACAAGAAAGCGAUAUUGAGAAUGAAAUCAUUGUUGAACACGAUGAAAAUUCUGGUGCUACACCAGCAGCAGCUGCCAACUUCUCGUAUCGGCCUGUCACAGGGCUCAAAGAGAAGGUCCAAUCAAUCAGAGGUGAAAAGGAAUUGAUGGAUGCACUGCUUUUGGAUGCACAAGAGAUGGGAGAACUAGAUGGAAGAUCCAAAAUCUGGGUGGAACAACUGAAAGGUAUUUCCCUUGAAGCUCAAUCCAUCAUUAUCAAAUAUGAUGCAAAAUUGAAGCAUAAGCCCAUUCUCAUCUACAUUUUUAAGUACCGGACCCGGCAGAUUGUUAAUAAGAAGAUAGAUGGUAUCAGAAACAAAAUUGAAGAUGCUUAUAGGAGAAGAAAAGCAUAUGGUUUGGUGCAAAUUCAAAGCCGAGUUGUAACCAAGGUUCAAAUAUUACGUGCAAGGAUGCAACCGUCUCUCAUUGCCAGGGAGUCAAGUGUGGUUGGAUUUGAUGAUGACACACAAGUUCUAAUGGCCGAGUUGCUGUCGGACGAGAAACAUCGCUGUAUUACUUGGAUUGUUGGAAUUGGAGGUACAGGCAAGACAACACUAGCCAAGUUGAUAUUUGAAGACAACACUGUUGUAGCUCAUUUUCAGCGUCGCCUAUGGGUGUCACUUCCUUCAGAUUGUACGACAAACCAGUUGAUUGCAGAAAUUGGCAAGGAAGCCGCCAAGCAAAUUGCUGUAGAAGAAGGAGAAAUCUUGUCCACUGAUUACAUACUUGAAACCUUGGCGCGUGCAAAGUACCUUGUAGUUGUUGAUGGCAUAAAAGAAACCUCUCAAGUAUACUUGGAUACCUUGAACCGGGUCAUACCCGACAUGUCAACGGGAAGCAGAGUUCUUUUUACCACUCGCAAUGCAAAUGUAGCCCAACAUGCAACAAGUACAGUCUUUGUUCACCCACUACAGUUAUUAGAUGAUGAAACUAGUUGGAGGUUGUUCACAAGACAUUUUAAGGCAAACAUUCCACCCGAGUCAGAAAAAGAACUUCUCAAGGUUGAAAAAGAAAUUGUGAUGAAAUGUGGGGGUCUGCCAUCACAAAUAUUGAAAAUGAGUGAUUUGCUUUCACAUAGAAAUGUUAUGCACGAGGAGUGGUUAAGCAUGUUGGGAGGGCAACAAUUCAGUGAAGAUCAAAUACAAAGUUGGUCUGAAACGCUGGACACAAUUAAUACAAACUUACCUUCUUAUCUAAGAAGAUGUCUAUUUUACUUUUUGCAAUUCCCUGCUGAAUUUGCGAUCCCUGUCAGAAGGUUGGUUGUUUUGUGGGUUGCCGAGAAUCUGGUUCAUCGGACAGAAGAUGACGAAGUGCCCCUGGAGCUAGUUGCAGAAAAGUACUUGACAGAGUUGAUAGAUCAGAACAUGGUCCAAGUUGCCAAGAGAAAGCGCAACGGAAAGGUGAAAACAUGUCGUCUCCCUAGUGCUUUGCGGCAACUCUGGUUGACAAAGGCUAAUGAGUCUAGAUUUCUACAAGGCCACCGAUCUGCCAUGGAUUCCAAUGCAGACCCAAAAAUGUCCAUUAUUCGCCGGGUUGCAGAUCAUCUUGAUAAAAAUGAUAUCUGGAACGAUCAUAUUCAUGGUGACAUUACUGAUCCAACUUCCCUUCCAACCUACUACAAGGACGUUCUCUCCUUUAUCUCCUUUGAUACUCAAGAGGGGAGUAAACCUGGGCAACAAGUAGGUAACUUUCUCAAGGGAUGUAUUUCAAGUGAUUGCUUCUUACUCCUUCGGGUGCUUGAUCUUGAGCGUGUUUACAAGCCUAAUUUGCCUAAUCGUAUAGCAAGACUUUCACGGCUAAGGUAUCUUGGCUUGAGAUGGACCUACUUAGAGUCACUUCCAUCAUCUAUAAGCAAGUUGUUGAAGCUACAGACACUUGAUCUCAAACAUACUUACAUACAUACUCUACCUACCUCAAUCUGGAAGAUGGAACUCAGACACUUGUUCUUGAGUGAGACUUACCGCACAAAAUUUCCACCUCAACCAAAAGGUAAUUCUCUCUCUGACCUCCAAACAUUGUGGGGACUGUUUGUAGAUGAGGAGAGUCCAGUGAAGGAUGGCUUGGACAGAUUGGUCAAUAUCACAAAAUUGGGAUUAGCGUGCCAAUCAAUGUCACUAAACCAAGAGGCAAUGAUAGCUCAACUUGAGGCCGUGGCUGACUGGAUUACUACAUUAGAGUACCUUCAAUCAUUGAGACUAAAAUCUAGAGAUGAAGAAGGCCAACCAUGGAUUUUACACUUGAAGUCCUUCGAAAAAAAUGUGAAUCUCACUGACAUGUAUUUGCUAGGAAGCUUGAGCAGUUCAUCUCUUCCUCUUUCCCAAUUUCCACUGAGCCUCAUUGAUCUUACCCUAUCACAUUCGAAACUACAAGAUGACCCCAUGAAACUUUUGAAAGAUUUUCCAAACCUUCGGACACUGUGUUUACUUGCAGAGUCAUACAUGGGAACAACUAUGGUUUGCGAAUCUCAAAGCUUUCCUCGGCUUCAAUUAUUAAAGCUUUGGGUGCUGGAGCAAUUAGAGGAAUGGACUUUAGAACCAGGAGCGCUCCCUUGCCUCAGACAACUGGAAAUCAGAUCGUGUCCGCGCCUAAUAUUGCUUCCUGAUGGACUAAAGCAUGUCAAUACCUUGCUUGAGUUGAAGUUAACAAACAUGCCUAUGGAUAUAAUUGUUGAGGUGCAUAACAUCCCACCCAAUUGUCAAGUCGUCCAAACUAAUUUUCAGUAGAAUAAUAUAUUUCCAUCACUGCACAGCAUGUGAGAUGCAUGAAUAUAUAUACUGUGGCUCUUUCUGAAGAAAGGCUUACUUGGAUUCAACAAACUUCAUCAACUUAAUUGCUUACUGUGCAAAUGGAACUACUAUUUGCAUGUUGUUGCGGAACAAUAAAGGAUGGUUGAGUUUGGUUCUUCGUUUUAAGUGUGUGUAAGAAUUUUAAAGUUUAUUUAUAGACUUUUAAUUUGUAUUUUGAUAUCUGUUGUGGAAUCAUAAUAGUGCUGUGUGAAAAUAUUAGUAUUUGGGAAACAUUAUUUUCCUAGACUGUUAUGAAUGGAGAAAUUGUGAUUUGUAUGUGUGUCGUUCAAGUACCGAUUGAUAAGUAAAGGGAGCCAAAUUUUAGUUUGAGCA